ACUCUGUCACUGCUGGGACAGCAGUCAGUACUGAUGUUGGGCAGCUGGGGAUGGAGCAGCCAGCGUCAGCCUGUGGAACGCAUUGUUUCUAAAGAGCUGCCAGUUGCAGAAGCUGCCAAGCUCUCUGGCCAGCUGUGGGAUCUUUGCUGAGAUGGAGAUGUAGUCAAGGAAGGGGACUGAAAGGUAAGAAGGACAGAAAAUGAAGGCAAAGAGGGUGGAUGACCUGGGCCAUACACAGCGGACAUGAAGCAGGAGACCAUAUGCCCCGAGGGAUGGGCCAGGACUUGGCUACUCCCCUGACCAUAAAUGGCUUGGCCAGGGCUCUGUUGGAGCCACCUCUGGCCCUGUCACUGUUGCUCUCCCAGCUGUACGUUCUUACAAAUGCAAGACACAAGCUAACACACCAGCAAGAAAAGAGGUUGCUGAGGGCUGUGUUUGGAGAAGGUUCUUGGGAGGCUGAAGGAGAUGACUUCCUCCCCAGUCGUUACGGGUGGGAAAGGAGCAGACUGCGGGCCCUCUCUUGGAUUAGCGGCAGGCAUUCCGUCCCUGGUGGCCACAGCCCUGCUGGCAGCUUUACUCUUCACUCUGAUUUGCCGAAGAAGAAGCCACAGCGAGUCCACCGAGGAAAUUGAGAGGCCCUGUGAAAUUUCAGAAAUCUAUGGCAGUCCCAAGAUCGCUGAGAAUCCUAGGAGGUCACCAACAUAUGAGAAGAAUAUGAUGGGAACAGAGGAAGCCCACAUAUAUGUGCAGACAGUAGCAGGAAGCGAGGAAACCAGGCAUGACACCUACCGCCCUACUGUUGAAAUGGAGAGAAGGAGGGGACUGUGGUGGCUUAUACCUAAACUGAGCCUGGAAUGAUGCAGCUCAGUCAAGGAGCUUAAACAGAGCUGAAAACGCAGGCAAUUGUGCUUGGAGUGAAGGAUAGACCAAGCUGCUUCUUAAUCAAUCCAAAUUUCAUUUUCACAUUUGGAGAACUUUUGGGUUGAUUUGUGUCUUUAGGGGGCAGAGCCAGAGAGGUUCAUUCCAACACUCAAAUCUUGUGAUUUAAUAGGAAGCACCAAGUGAGGUCACUAUGCAUCCAGAAAGAGCCCUUGGAUCUAGUUCCUGACCCCAGUGGCAAUUUGCUUUUCUUCGUGAUUUUGGGAGAGAAGCUUGAUUUCUGUGUAUCUUGCUUUCUUCUCUUUCUUCAUAUCCCUUUUCUCAAAAAUGCCAUCACACCUGGCUUCUAUAAGAGGGUUGGCCAAGGCCAGCAUGGUGCAAGUUGGGGUAUAAAUGAAAUUUGAAAGGAUGUGUGAGGGGAAGUAUGUCCUUAUUUCUGAAUGCCUUGGGGUAGAAAUCACAGGAGCCACAGGUCUGGUUCCCUGACCACCAGAGCAGCAUGCAGCUGGAUCACUCAUUGCUUCUACUUGCACCUGUGGUCAGAGGGUAUUUAGGGUAGGCAAUUCUGCAGUGGAGUGUGUGUGUGUGUGUGUGUGUGUGUGUGUGUGUGUGUGUGUGUUGAGGGUAAAGCAGAGGUUGUUUCAAAAGAUUAUUAGAAAUGAGGGCUACAUCCAUUUUGUAGGAGUGCAGAGAAAGGCCCAAGUCCUUGACUAUCACGGGGAAAAACCCUAUGGCAGGAAAGGAGCUCGGGAGGACUCUGAGUCAGUGGACACAGGACCAAAGGGAGUAGCCGCAUGUGUGCCACCCAGGGGAAGCCUGGGGACAGUGUCAGCUGGUCUGGGCCAGCCCUCAGCACCACUUCCGUGAGGAGGCUUCCAGGAGUCCUGGUUCCCUCAUGCAGGGCCAUCGCCUGUGAAUAGGCUGGAUCUCCUGGUGGGAGAACUUGGGUCCAGAGCAUCUUGGGGUCCAUCUACCAGCUCCAUGUGCCAAGCCACCUUGAUAUGCUAUGGAAACAUUCCUUUCUUACAAGGGCCUUUGAUUACUUGGAAACACACCACUUCUUCUUCAAAUAACCAAGAUCAGGUUCUACAAACCCAGUCACUGAUGCAUGCCAGCAUGUGCUUUUCCAAGCCCCUUGUGAAAUUCAGUCUGUGCUGGGUUCCCUGGGUCCAGUCACCUUGACAAACAGAUUUGGCCAUUUCAAGGCAGAUUUCCGAGGGAUCCAGGUGCUUGUACUUCUUUUGCACUUGGGAAGGGCCUUGGAUUUGCUGAGACCCUGACUGUGGCUCACAAGUGCAGGCCCUGGGGCAAUGACCGACCACAGGGAGCCUCAGCUCUGCCCUUACAAAAUGGAAAUAGCAGUUGUCCUCCUAUCCUCAGGGCGGUUGUGAGGCUGGGCUGGAAUACACAUGUGAAUAAGCCUUGUAGUCUAUAAAAUAAAGUGUGACUUGUA